AUGCACGUGUUCGUGGAAAAGAUAUUUGGAUUUGUCCUUCCAAAAAUAUUCACACCUCCUACCGAGGAUAUGCUGUUGAAGAACAAACCAUCUCUGGCCAAGAUCCCUACCGAAUUGGUCGUCACCAGCAGUGCUUUUGAAGACGGUCAGCACAUGCCAUGGAAGUACGGUGGUGAAGGAGUUGGCGAAGACACUUCUCCACCAUUAACAGUGGAAAACAUUCCCAGCGACACUGGAAGCCUGGUUUUUGUUCUCCAAGACCUCGAUGUGCCUCUUCCUAAACCCAUUACCCACACAGUCGCCUAUAACCUUCCCGUUCAAAAAGAGUUCCCCGAAGGCUACUUCGACUCCAAAGAGUCGUCCGACAAACUGACCUGUGGCAAGGCUUUCCGAGGACACACGGGCUACCUAGGACCGCGACCCAUCAUCAACCACGGCCCCCACCGCUACUACUUCACCAUCUACGCCAUCAAACAAGAAGCACCCCGUCUCAACCCACUCGUCGAAGAGCCCGAGCUCAUCGCCUACCUCGAGAAAUGGGCCGUCUCCACAGGCACCGUCAUCGGCACUUUCGAGCGUACCGACGCUAAACACUAG